CAUGUUUGUCUGCAGGCUCCAGCCCUGCAGCCGUGUCCAGUGCAGCCACUAGUGGGCCCGGUCGGUGCAGCCAUACUGUCCGGCGCAGAGAAGCGAGCGGCCACACGGGGAGAGGAUGCUGAGGCCUGGUCGUCCCCAAAAACCUCCUUCUUUUACCCGGGCCGAAUAGGGAAGUCCGGGCUAUGGCGGCACCCAUCGCGCAUUUCGACGACGAGUGGCCGAAUGUGGGUGAUCCGAGCCUGGAUGCGGAGCAGCAGCUGCCGCGUAAAGGCCGUGCGUCCGCCGCGGAGCUCCUCCUGGAGGAUGAGGAUGAUGAGGAUCUGCACGACGGAAGCUUCUCCCCGGGGGAACCUGGUGCUUUUAGGUCGAUGGAAGACCUGGUGAACGAUUUCGACGAGAAGUUAUCUGUGUGCUUCCAAAAUUUUAACGCCGAGACGGAAAGCAUCGCUCCAGUGAGUGUGAUCAGUGAGGACGCACUGCUGGAAAAAGACGAGAUAUGGAACGCUUUAACCAGCAACUAUGGACAGGUGAUGCCGGUGGAUUGGAAACAGUCUAGAACGUGCGCCCUCCACAUGCCAGCGUUCAACCUGGAGGAAAACCCAAGGAAGAGUGAUGUCACGGCAGAGCUGUCCGACGAUGAGGAGCUGAGGGAGCAGCUGGACAUGCACUCCAUCAUCAUCUCCUGCCUCACAGAGGAGCCCCUUUUCACCGCAGAGCAGGUGAUCGAGGAGAUUGAGGAAAUGAUGCAGGACUCUCCUGACAUGGAUGCAGCACAUAAUCCCUCACAGUCUGACCUCUCCAUGCUCUCCAUCGACGUCCAACAUUCCAAAACCAGCCCUGAAUAUGAGGAGAGGGUGAGGACCAUGACCGUUGCAGAGCUGAACGAGCGUCUGGAGGAGACGGAGACGGCGAUCAGAAGGUUCUCAGAGGAGCUGGUGCUGCAGCUAGCGCUCAGGGACGAGCUGGACUUUGAGAAGGAGGUGAAGAACAGCUUCAUUUCUGCGCUCAUCGAUGUCCAAAACCGACAGAAGGAGCACCGCGAGUUAAUGAAGAAGAAAAAGAAGCUGAAAGGUGGAGCCGGGACCUCGCAAGGCCACGCACAGAAGACACUGGGAUCACGUUUCAGCAUGGAGGGACUCUCCUCUGUCAUUCAAAACAGCUUUCGACAAACGUUUGGGAGCAGUUGCACUGAAAGACAGUAUUUGACAACCGUCAUCCCUUAUGAGAAAAAAGGAUACCCUCCUUCGCUUGAAGAUCUGCAAAUCCUGACCAAAAUUCUACUAGCGAUGAGAGACGACAGCGACAAGGUGCCCGGUCUUUUAACAGAUUAUAUUCUCAAAGCGUUGGUGUGAGCGAUGGACGCAGAGUGCUUUGCCCAACAUAGACUGGAGCGAUGACAUCUAACACUGUGGAGAUGCUUCAGAUCGAAGGUGAAGAGGACCCACUGUAUUUUUUUUGCAAGCAUAAAGCACACUUUAUUUGUUCCUGCAUGUCUUUACAUCUUAAGAUAUGUCUGUUUUGUGUUCUGCUCUUGUUUAGUUGUCUACUUUUUGUGCUCAGCAGUGUGACUUUGCAGACAUUCCUGUGCAUUUUUUUCAGUGUUUUAAGAUUUCUUUGCACUGUGAAAGAGUAUUCUAUAAAGAAAAAUCAUUUAAGACAUUUGUCCAGAAUGCUGUACCAGCAAUCGCUUUGCUUGUUGGUUAAAAGUUAAAGCAAAGCAGUCCGAAAGGGCUUUGUAUUUAUCUCAAGUGCUUUCAAUCCACUGAGCAAUGAACAAAUGCACAAAGCGCUGGGCUGAAUGUACUCAGCUCUACUGAGGUUAACUCACAUUAUGAACAGAGCAGCUGCAGUAAUAAAAAACCGUACAGGAAUGUAAAAGAUAAGAUGAAGAGGAAUAUAGAUAAAAACAGAUUUUAUUGAACCCCAGGAGGGAAAUUAAAUAUAGCAGUGCAGAGAGGCAUCAAGGGGAAAAAAACAGUUGAAUAAAUAACUUCUCAAUCUGAAACCAUUGUGCUUAAAUAUGUAUUAAACACCAUCAUAUAAUUUAACACAGCCUUUCAUAUAGCUUCAGACUGUGCAAUGAGAGAAGACAUUUAAAACCAUCAUUACUGUAUGAUCAGUAAAGUGUUAAGAGGAUAGUUUGGACUGAAGAGUUUUCUAAAAACCUAACUAUGCAUUCGAGUAAAUAUUUCAAUUUGUGACCCAUGCACUGUCUGUAAUUUUGCGACGCCGAUCAGGCUCUGAAUCAGAGACUCGAGUGUUGACGUGCCUGCUGAGCACGAGACGGCGUCCACGUGAAUGGACGUUUCUAUUGUGUAUGUAUUUCUGUAUACGAGCUGCCUUUACCUCUGCCUCAACUUUUGUACAUUAUGAAAGACUUAUUUUGAUGAAUGUCAUAGAACUGGACUAUUCUCACCUACUUCAUGGUUAAUUUAUUUUGUAAAUAUUUUAUUUCAAGUAUAUUGAUUAAACCACAUCUUCUUUGUUAUUGAGCUGUUUUCUAAUACAAUAAGAUGUAUUGUUUUCUGUCUUAAAUAAAUUAUUUGAAAGCAA